AAUCAAUCCACUACACACUAAAGGUACACGCAUUCACCAUCCACUAACUAUCCCCACCGUGUCGCGAGCUUCAGCCAAACGAAAACCCCAUCCCAUACUUGCGAUCUCACGCCUCAGCCUGCCCACAACAUCGUCGCCAACGACACUGAGUUGACUUGCGAAAACCACAACUUCCUCCGCGACAGCUUUAUCGUUUGAGCUACAAAGAGCCACUUGCCAGUACCAGGGGCAUCGAUCCAACGUGGCCCGCCAGGAACCGUCUCAUUAUUACAUCAAGUCAACAUGUCUAUCCCGAACCAAGCGCUUGAAAAGCUGAUUCGAGAAAUCGAAAGCCAAGCAAUGGUGGCCCAGCAGCAGAUUGGCCAGGCACGCACACAGAUGACGGCAAAGCAACGAGAAAUGCGCAUGGUCCGUCUGACGCUUGAUGAGGUUUCCACCUUGCCCCCAAACUUGAACGUCUACGAAGGUGUCGGCAAGAUGUUCGUCGCGUUGCCCACCCCGCAGCUUACACAGAAGCUGGAGGGCCAAAUCAAGGAUAGGGAGGGCGAGGUUGAGAAGCUGAGCCAGAAGCUGCACUACCUGGAGACAACGUACAAGAACAGCCGGCAGCACAUUGACCAGAUGCUCAAGGCGCAGUCAUGAUGACAGAUGCUGUAAGAGACCAGAGGAAGGGGGGCCAAAUGAUGGGGUCAGGAGCUUAUCGAAUCAGGGACAACGGAAGAAGAGGCGGAGGUGGAAUGUUUUGUCAUGCAAUCAUCUUUAAGCAUCGGGAUGGGACGACAAGCAUCACCGAGUUGAUAAGCAC